AGUUCAUUUUUAGACAACGAAGCGAACGUUACGUUGAAAACAACGCCAAGAUCCGUACAAAAUGUGUGCGAAUACUGAAAUAUUGAAUUUGAAAUAGAAAAAAAUAUAUAUAAAUGAAAUGUGUAUUAACGCAAGCUACUAUAUUUAGAAUUAUGUGAAAAAAAAUAUUUAUAAGAAAAAGUAAAGAAAACGAAAUACAAUUUUUGGAAAAUUUUUAUUAAAUUACCAAAAUUAAAUAAAUAAAUCGAUUAAAAUUACUUAGAAAAUUUAGUAUACAAACAUAUUUGCUUAAAAUAUGAUUGUAUAAUUUAAAUAAAAAUAUUUCAAAAUUUUAUGAUCACUUUUGUCAAACGAAGUGGAGAGGAUUUGAAGAGCUACACACACACACACUUACAAAUUUUGGGGGCUAUUUAUAAAUAGAAUUCGGAAGUGUGGUCAAAAAAUAUUUGUUUAAAGAAAGUGAAAGAAUAAAAAACACUAGCGGAACAUUAUAUGGAUGAAUAGACGAUAAAAAAAGAAAGCGAAAGGAAAACACGAAACGAAACAAUAGAACAAAUUUAAGAGUAAACAGUAUUCAAGAGACUGAAUAAAAAUUUCAUUAUAUUCUCUUUCGAAAUACCCAAAUAUUGAACUAAAUUAAAACAAAAGAAAAUGGAAGGUGAUCACCAGGAAAUUUCCAAUGCUGCCCAUAUACGAAGACGUCGUCGUGUGGGACGUUCCAUGCGUGAAAAAACUCCGGAUCCUAGUGCUAGACGUAUGUCAUCUACCGAAGAUGAUAGCAGCAUAGUAGGUGGUGGCACAACGGUUUCUGAAGGUGCUCAAGUUGUAAGCAUGCAAAUAAGACCUCCCCGUUCCACUAUGUCAGCUCAUGAGAGUAAAAUUCUAAGAAGGAGAGAUAAAACCUUUGCUACCGCUGCCACCCGUUCACUCUCUCAGCCCAGAGAGGCGGAGCGUUUGUCGGAACCCGAAGCUACUGAAUUGAUUAAAACGGUCAAACGUAGUCUGUCUAUGCCGCGCAAUAAAGAAGUGGCUGAAUCCAGUGAGGGAGAAUUGCAGGCCAGGGGUAGAACCCUAUCUCCCGAAACUAGAUUGGUAUCAGCACCCAUACAAUCGACUGCCGAUGAAAAUCUUUCACGUUUGGAACAGAAUUUAAAACGGUUUGAAAAUGAACGCAAACGAUUCGAAAGUGAAAAGAAAUUAUUUGAGAGAGAGAAACGAGAACAUAAAUUGAGAUAUAAACAAAUGCUAGACAAUGAAGAGAGAAAGCGUUUGCUACAGUCUUAUCGCAAGUUAAGUGAUCGUAUUAAACUACCUCAAGGAGAAGAAGAGCGUAAACGUUUGAUACAUAGCUUGAGAUUGGAAAGACCUGAGGGUAAUUUACCCACUUCCCGUUCGGCAGCUAAACGUAAUCGCCAUAGCGGUAACUUUGAGGAGUCUUCCACACAAUUUUCUUCUUCGGAUACCGAGACAGCAGAAGAAAUACAAGCUAGACAUUUGGCCAAACAAUUGUCUCCAGUAAGAAGAUAUCACAGUGCCAUGACCACGGCUAGUGUGAGAGGACCACCACCUCAACCACCCGCUAGACAAUCAGCUAGUCGCAAUAACUCCCUGUCGCCUGUAAGACCCCAAAGGCAAUCGGCUAGCCGUAACAAUUCCUUAUCGCCAGUACGACCACAAAGGCGUUCGAAAACUCCCGAACAAAGAGCAGAAAUUAUGAAAAAGCUCAAUGGUCUAGAAGAACAGCAACGUGAGGAACAGCAAAGUCUACGACCUGAGACUACCACUACCACAGAAUUUGAAACAGAUAGAGAAACUCAUUUGAGACACAGGAAAGCUCACAGAAGCGAAUCUUUACAUCGACCAGAAGCCAAACGCAAGCAAAGUUUGGAAACCUCCCAAGAUAAAGUAGAUAGUUCUAUGCCAAUAGAAAUAGCCAAAGAAAUACAACCGGAAAUUAUAAUUUCCCCAGCUAAAGAUAAUGCAGAAACUGUCACAACCAAAGAACAAAAACCUUCCUUCCUCCAAAAACUUGGACAACUAUUCAGAAAAUCUCCCAAACCUGAAACCUUAACUAAAGAACAAGAGGAUCUCUUGCCACCUACAACUGAAAAACAAGACGCACCAGAAAUACCAGAUAAAAUAAUAUCCAAAGCUUUUCUUAAAGCUUUCUUACGUGAUGCUAGACAACAGUGGCGUACCUAUAAAGCCGAACGUCCUCAAGAUAUUAAGGAAAUCAAACGAAUGCGCAAUCGUUGCUUUGCUCAUACCAUAAUGUUGAUUCUGCUCCUAGGCUUUGGUGGCCUUAUGUUCCGUUAUACAGAAGGAACUUCGGAAAAUAUCUAUAAAUGUGAAGUUCGUAAAGUUAAAAGAGAUUUUAUAGAUCAUUUAUGGUCACAUAGUCAUAGUAUGAGAGAGGAGGACUGGAAAUCGUUGGCUCGUCAAAAACUUCGUAAAUUUGAAGAGGAAUUACAUACAAUGGGUGAAAUGGGUAUACGUUAUUUUCCCGGACAAAAAUCAUGGAAUUUUGUCAAUUGCAUUUUAUAUUGUUGGACUGUGAUAACAACCAUAGGUUAUGGCCACAUAACACCUAAAACACGAUUUGGCCAAUCGUUGACAAUUGCUUACGCCAUCAUUGGUAUACCCAUGUUCUUGAUAUUGUUAGCUGAUUUCGGUAAACUCUUCACCAGGGCCAUUAAAUUCAUUUGGGGUUAUGUGAGACGUCUCUACUAUACGGGCACUUGCCGCAGUAUACGUAAACAACAACAAGUACGAGAUGCCAUGACUGGAUUUUCUACCGUCUACGAUAUGGCCAUACGAAGACCUAGUCAUUUCUUUGGCAUGGGACCCGAUACUGAUGUUGAAUCACAGGCAUCAGAGGCCGGUAAAUCGCAUCCGGAAACACCUACCUCUCCCUAUCCGGAAACUAUAGUUGUGGAUGAUGAAUUUAAUCUGCCAAUUUCAUUGGCUUCCAUAUUGCUAAUUACCUAUAUUCUUUUGGGUACUUUUGUGUAUACAUUAUGGGAAGAUUGGACCUAUUUCGAGGCCUUUUACUUUGUAUUUAUAUCCAUGUCUACCAUUGGCUUUGGUGAUUUGGUGCCAAAUCAUCCCAUUUUCAUGAUGUGCAGUAUAAUUUAUUUAGUAUUUGGUUUGGCCUUAACAUCUAUGUUCAUCAAUGUGGUGCAGAUUAAAUUGAGUGAUACAUUUAAGGAUGCCAGUGCCAAAAUAGGAGCCACCUUGGGUGUUGGUGUAGCCAGCGAGUUGGGUGAUGAGGCUUCGCAAGCUAAAACUCCCUCCGAAUUGGCUUCGGUACAUGGCUCACGUUUGGAUAAAAUAGCUGAAGAUGAAAAUGAAGAGUUAUCCUCUGCCUCACCUCCCUUACAGUCUAUUCUAAGGCCUAGUCGCCCAAGUUCACCCGCAAAUCAGGAAGAGCAAAGUAAUGGUGAGGUGGGACCACCACCUUUACUGCCACGAAGACAGUUAUCUGUGGAACAGCCUCCAGCAGUAGAGAAAAAGAAAAAGAGACGUUUCUUUAAAUAAACAAGACAUAACAUAAAUCCAAUUAUGUAGACUCAUCUCAAAAUAAUUAAACUUAAGUAAGAGUAUGAUCGAAUUUGAAUUCGAUUACCCGCAAUCGUUCCAUUUUUCGUCACUACUCAAAACCAAAAACCAACUCAUUGCAUUAUGUAGGCGUGUUGCAAAUUUAAUUUGCAAAACAUGCUUUUUUCAUUAUAUUAGAGUCACAAGAAAACAUCAUCAAGCAUAUCCUUGCAUCCCUCGUUCAUUACAAAUGCCACCAGUGAUCCUUAAAAUCUUCCAGUUUUUUUACUUAUUCUUUAAUAUUUAUAUGGAAAAGGAAGAUCGGAAUUAAUUAUAGAAACAUUCUUAUCACUGGACCAUUAUUUAAAAUAUAGUUUUUAAAACCUUUUUUUAGUUUGUCUCAUUAUUAUUAUUAUAGUUUUAUUUUUAUUUAUGCAAUAAAGACCAUUUAAAUUUUAAAAUCAUGAUUCAGUUAAUUAUGUUUUUUACUCCCUAAACUGUGUAUGUGACCCGGUUACUGGUCAUUUUUACUCAUACAACUGUUGUUUCUUUUUACGUUUUAUUUAGUAUAUUUAAAUUAUUUUAAAUGAUUUAUUUAAUUUUUAAUUUUAAGCUUUUAUUUAUGAAAUUGUAAAUAAAUUGUUUUUUCUAAAUAAAUU